UGAUCGCCCCCAUCUCUCUCUCUUUCUCAUCUCACUUUAAUGCGGCUUUUCUUCAAGUGUACAGUGCAGUGUAAUGGUGGAUCUUAGCUCUUGUCUUAUCAACUUCAGAAUUUGAUCCACCGGAGAACUUGGAUCGGAUUAUAAUAUGUUGGACGGAUUCCUAGGACGCGGAUUUAGCUCCAAGUGUAAAUCGUUGGUUAAGCCGACCAAGGCUCGCAUCGCUGUGUUACGGAAGAGGCAGGAUGCCACGCAGAAGUUUCUCAAGGGAAACCUUGCUCAGCUUUUGUCCAACGGCCUCGACAUUAACGCAUAUGGCAGGACAGAAGAAUUUAUUGCUGGACAAAAUGUAUUGUCAUGCUACGACUUUAUAGAACAGUGCUGUGAAUACAUCUUGAAGCAGCUUUCUCUCAUGCAAAAACAAAGGGAAUGCCCUGAAGAAUGCAGAGAACCUGUUGGAUCGUUGACAUUUGCUGCAGCAAGGUUUCCUGAUAUGCCUGAGCUUCGGGACCUCAGGGAUCUAUUUCAGGAGAGAUAUGGAACCGGGUUGGAACACUUUGUUAACCAUGAGUUUGUAGAGAAAAUAGCAUCAAACUCUCCAACAAAAGAGAAAAAACUCCAGUUAUUGCAAGACAUUGCUUUGGAGUUUACUAUAAAUUGGGAUUGCAGAGGCUUCCAACGAACAAUGAUUGAUCCGUCCACAUUUUCUCCGAACAUACAGGACCAACAUAAAAGAUUGAAUCCGAUCUCUGAUCCAGAUAAAUACAAGUUGUCCAUUGACAAAGACAAGCCCUCAAAUUCAGAGAGAAAAUACAAUUCAAAUAAAGAAUACAGUCACCUCAAUCAUGACAGAAAUAGAUUGCAUAAUAGCAGUCACAAGUCUCAAGGCAGCAGCAAACAAAGUACUCCAACAAGAGAUAAUCCUGUUCCAUCCAACUUCAAUGGCUAUAUCACUUCGGAAAGUACGAGAAAGUCAUCUCGUGGAAAAGAGCCAGACGUACAAGAUGGUAAGCAAAAGCCAUUUUACGACAGAACUAGUGGCGUCUCUUUAAAAGAUAGAGCUACUAGAGAUGGCAAAGAUGUUGUCUCAUCAUCCUCAGCACAUAACAAAUUUGGUGAAAUGAAUAUGAAAGAAGAAGCUUACAAUAAUGCUGGCCCUCCACCCUAUAUGAAGCCAAGAGAUAAUCCUAUGAUCCCCCCACCUUACAUCAAACCGAAAGAAAGCAAGCAUGCGAGUUCUGGCUCGGAUGGAGCUUUCCCAGAAAAAUUGACCAAUCAUGGUCAUGAGAAAGGUUCAUCUCAUUACGACGAUGUACCUCUGCCAAGAGAUAAUCCUAUGAUCCCCCCACCUUACAUCAAACCGAAAGAAAGCAAGCAUGCAAGUUCUGACUCGGACGGAGCAUUACCAGAAAAAUUGACCAGUCAUGUUCAUGAGAAAGGUUUAUCUUAUUACGACGACGUACCUCUUCCAAGACCAAGAUCAAUGAGGAAGAAACACUCAAGGUCUUCUAACGGUGCUGAAGUGGCCAAAGAAAGUUCAAGCAGUAGGAGAAGGAACGGUUCAAAGAGAGGCUUACAAAUAUUAUUCGAAGACGAACACCAACAAAGAGACGAUGAGGAAAGAGUGAUCGAUAAAUUACUGUUACAUUACAGCCGAAAACCAUCAAACUUUGACCAAGAAAAACUGAUAAGAAAGCCAACUAACUCCAAUGAAGCUGCAACCAAUCAUUCAACUGCCCCCACGAGAUCCACUUCGCUACCACGCGAGCAAACCGGUGGAAAAGAGUCUGUGAAAGUGUUUGCGCGUGCAAACUCCUUUCAACCAGAUAAACCGGCUAGCCAUGUGCAUCCUAAGCUACCUGAUUACGAUGAAUUGGCUGCACGAUUUGCAGCUUUUAAAGGACGUUGAAGGUAAUAAAAACGUAUUCAUCUUUCUAUUGGCUUAUUGUUUUAUUUCAUUUGCAAACUGUAUUGGAAUUUGGAUGUGUAAUAUAUAGUAAUAGUGAGUGGUAUGUUCAUAAGCUUGACCAUAUUUAUGAAGUAAGUUUAUUUUUUUACUUUCA